AUGGCUUCGUACAGCGGCCUCAGCACCAAUGAGCAAAAAAGCAAAGCUUGGCGACACAGCGUAUGUCAUCCACUAUCAUUUCCACUACCCAGUUAUACCACCAUUCAACCAGCCGGAUCCUGCCGACAGAUUUGUGCUGACCUCCCGCCAGAAGAGGCUUCUCUUACUGCUUCCUUCUUUAGUACUGGCUCCAGAGGCUCCAUACUUACCUCCAGCCGAAUAGGGCUUCCAUUCAGCUUGAAGACAGCAGGCGACAUUGAGGCACCAAAGCCCUCUUCUCUUCGGAACCUUGUCUGUGGUAUUAGGACAUCGCUGGCUCCAAGAACAUCUCAAGUGAUAGAGACCGCAACUGACAGUUGGCCAAUAGUGACGUGCUUACCAAUUCCUAACUCUGAUGAGAUUGUGGCUGCACAGGACUCGUUUUUGAAGACUAGAUCUAAUAUAUGUACAAAUAGGAAUGAAGCACAAAUUAACGCCCUAUGCGACGACUUGAAUGCACCUAACAAAGGGCCAAGAACAGAUGCAGAAUCUGCAUCCGGUGGGGGCUACAGAUUUAAUGAUGUAGAUACCGAGAGAAACAGAUGGGUUCACCUACGGCCUUACAACUGUCGGUCUCAUUCUUUAAAGCCCUAUUCUUCUCAUACCAAGGAAGCUAUUAGCGGGUGGCGUUUAAGCACUGGAGAGCUUAAAGCAGCCACGAAGAAAGCUAAUCAACAGCAAUGCUACAGUUUAGAGCCCACAAGUCAUAAGUAUCCGAAGAAUGCAGUAUUCUCAUCGAAUUUAAAAAAUUCUGGAACUAAUGCUAACUUA